UGCGCAGUGCUCCGGCUCGGCCGCUCCUCUUCCCUCCUCACUUCCUACUCCUCCUCCUCCUCCACCACAGCUGGCUGGUAGUCUCCUCUCUCCGAUGCAGGCUCGCCUCGCUCCCGUCUCACACACACACACACCACCGGACCGAUCACAUCGGAGGGAGGCAUGGAAUGACUGACUACCUUUUUUUUGUUUUUUUGCAUGGUCUGAAUUUCGGGGGGAAUUCGCACGUCGGACAGGAGGGGAGUCCAGAGGGAAGACAAAAAGGAGGCUCUCCGUCUCCCCCCACCCCGAGGGAAUUUAUUUUACAGAGGUAUGCCAGUGCCUGAGGUGGCGUCUGACACUGCCAGUGCUGCCACCAUGUUGAGCCCCGUCCUCCAUGCCUCCAACGGAGACGGCUCCGAGUCUGAAACCACCUCCGCAAUCCUCGCCUCCGUCAAGGAACAGGAGUUGCAGUUUGAACGUCUGACCAGGGAGCUGGAAGCCGAACGACAGAUUGUUGCCAGUCAGCUGGAGAGAUGCAAGCUUGGCUCUGAGACUGGAAGCAUGACAAGCAUCAGUUCCGCAGAGGAAAAAUUUCGCUGGAACAACCAAGAUGGACACAAGGACAUAGAGGAAGAGCUGACAACAGGCCUGGAGCUGGUGGACUCGUGCAUCCGGUCGCUCCAGGAAUCGGGCAUCUUGGACUCCCAGGACACCUCUACAGGAGACAGACAAGGACUCCUGUCCCAAAGUGCUCUGCAGCUCAAUAACCAAGAUGCUUAUGCAGGAGCUGGUUACCAUAGUAACCAAGGCCUGGCACUUGGGGAAACAGUCAUGGGCCGCGGCGGGCAUGUUGGCGGGGCAGUUCACUGCUAUAACCAGGUGACAUCCAGCCGAGCAGCUGCCCACUUCGCGGGGACAGACUCUCCCUCCCAGUCCCAGAGAGACUCAUUUGCCCAGCAGGCCCAUGGCAGCGCCUUCCACAUGCCCACCGAGGGAGGAUCUGCACCUUCUGGACCGUCCAUGUAUUACUCCUGUGCCACUUUACCUGCACAGCGUGUCAGCUCCCCUCUACAGGCGAUGGGAUCCCCUACCAAGCUGCAGCGCCUGGGAUCAGCCUCCUCCGACAUGCCCAGCUACGCCACGCUACAGAGGGUGUCCUCGCCCAAACAGUCACCCAGCCGACUCGCCAAGUCCUACAGCACUUCAUCGCCCAUCAACAUGGUAGCAUCGGGUGCCGGCUCCUCCUCCCCCCUCCCCAUGACCGCCUCCCCAGGAGGCAACCACAGCUCGUCGCCCAUCCACCAGCUCAGCUCAGUAGUGGGAAGCUAUGCCACGCUGUCGCCCACCAAGCGCAUGCUGCAUCACAUCGGACCGGACGGCUACAAGAUUUCCCACGAGCUAUACGCCAACGCAACCCUGCAAAGGCCUGGUAGCCUGGCAGGUAGAGGCUCCAGAGGUUCCUACAGCAGCCAGCACAGUCACCUGGGCUCUGAGCUUCGACCUCUGCAGUCCCCUGAACACCACAUUGACCCGAUCUAUGAAGACAGAGUCUACACCAAACCCAGCCUUAGAGGACAAGUGGUGAACCAGUUGUACCAAGAGGUCCUCAACUAUCUGCUCUGUCCCUACGCUCCUAUUCCUGUUUUAGCCCCGCCUUCUCCCGGUGUCGACCCAAUCCCUUUGCAGCGAACAGGAAGCCAGAGCGCCACCGGCACCUUUCAGCGAGGCAGCUUCGCCACAGGAGGCGGGGUAGCUGACUACGCCAACCCGUAUCGCACUCUGCAGUUCUGCCCGUCCACUGAGUCGCCUUACAGCAAGUCAGGCCCUGCCCUCCCCCCUGAGGCUUCCCUGGGCCGCUCUCCAUCUGUAGACAGCAUCCAGAAGGAUCCAAGGUACGACCCCGAAUUCCUUGAGUGGAAUCAAAAUCAAGCCGAGCAAAGAAUGACAAAGGAGUUUGGCUGGAGGGAUCCAGAGCUGCCAGAGGUAAUCCAGAUGUUGCAGCAUCAGUUCCCAUCAGUCCAAUCCAACGCUGCUGCCUACCUCCAGCACCUCUGCUUUGGAGACAACAAGAUCAAAUCUGAGAUCCGGCGGCAGGGCGGCAUCCAGCUGCUGGUGGACCUGUUGGACCACCGGAUGACUGAUGUUCACCGCAGCGCCUGCGGAGCCCUGAGGAACCUGGUGUACGGAAAAGCCAAUGACGACAACAAGAUUGCACUGAAGAACUGUGGAGGCAUACCCGCUCUGGUCCGACUGCUCCGGAAGACCACAGAUGUGGAGAUACGAGAGCUGCUCACAGGUGUCCUGUGGAACCUGUCGUCAUGCGAUGCCCUGAAGAUGCCCAUCAUCCAGGAUGCCCUGGCCGUGCUGACCAACGCUGUGAUCAUCCCUCACUCGGGCUGGGACACCUCCCCGCAUACACAGGAGGACCGCAAACUGCACCUACACUCCUCCCAGGUCCUCCGCAACGCCACGGGCUGUCUCCGGAAUGUGAGUUCGGCUGGCGAGGAGGCCCGCAGGAGAAUGAGGGAGUGUGAGGGGCUGACAGACGCUCUGCUCUAUGUCAUCCAGACCGCUCUGGGGAGCAGUGAGAUUGACAGCAAGACUGUAGAGAACUGUGUGUGCAUCCUGAGGAACUUGUCGUACCGUCUGGCCGCAGAGACGUCUCACAGCCAGCAGGGGGGAUCGGAGGAGCUGGACGGUCUGUUAUGUGACACCGGCGGGAAGGACUCUGAGAGUUCUGGAUGCUGGGGCAAGAAGAAGAAGAAAAAGAAGGGACACGACCAGUGGGACGGUGUCGGCCCAUUUCCAGACUUGGCGGAGCCCCCGAAAGGCAUCCAGAUGUUAUGGCACCCCACUAUUGUCAAGCCCUACCUCACACUGCUGUCUGAGUGCUCCAACCCAGACACCCUGGAGGGAGCAGCUGGGGCCCUGCAGAACCUGGCUGCUGGCAGCUGGAAGUGGUCGGUGUACAUCCGGGCUGCGGUGCGUAAGGAGAAGGGCCUACCCAUCUUGGUGGAGCUGCUGAGGAUAGACAACGACCGGGUGGUGUGUGCUGUGGCCACUGCGCUGAGGAACAUGGCUCUGGACAUCAGGAACAAGGAGCUCAUUGGUAAAUACGCCAUGAGGGACCUGGUGCACCGUUUGCCUGGAGGCAGCAACAACAACAACAGCACCGGCGGUGGAGGAGGUGGCGGGGGCGCCAACAACAGCGGCCUGGUGGGGAAGACCAUGUCGGACGACACCGUCACGGCUAUCUGCUGCGCGCUGCAUGAGGUCAUCACCAAGAACAUGGAGAACACCAAGGCUCUGAGGGACGCCGGCGGCAUCGAGAAGCUCAUCGGCAUCGCCCGCAGCAAAGGAGACAAAAUUCCUAGACAUAGUCCUAAAGUGGUGAAAGCAGCAUCUCAAGUCCUGAACAGCAUGUGGCAAUACAGAGACCUCCGCAGCCUCUACAAAAAGGACGGCUACUCUCAGUACCACUUUGUCGGCUCCUCCUCCACGAUAGAAAGAGACAGACAGCGACCUUACUCUUCCUCCCGUACUCCGUCCAUCUCUCCCGUACGGACCUCACCCAACAAUCGAUCAGCAAGUGCGCCCGCUUCCCCCAGGGAGAUGAUGGUGAUGAAGGAGAGGAAGGCAGACUAUGAGACGACUGGCAAUGCCAGUUACCAUGGCAACAAGGGCGAGCACACAUCCCGGAAGGAUGCCAUGACGAGUCAAAUCUCUGGUGGCUCUUCAACACUACACAGAGGAGCGUACGUGUCACCUACUGAUGACCUGAAGUAUAAUCAGGUCUCUUGUCAAGGCUUGCCGUCAGAGCCCUACCCUCCGUUCCAAAACCCCCCGCCGCCCGACAGCGGCAGCUACGAGGACCAGGCCUUCUACGAGAACCAGGUUCACGUGGGAGGGCGCCCUCCGCAGGGUGAACUCAACAUGCACCUGCAGGGCCUCAAGUCCACUGGCAACUAUGUAGACUUCUACUCAGCCUCGCGGCCCUACAGUGAGCUCAACUACGAGACCAGCCACUAUCCAGCCUCACCAGACUCCUGGGUGUGAGGGGGGAGGAGGAGGAGGAGGGGGAGAGAAUGGAGGAAGGGAAAAAGGACAGUGAAUGAGUUUAAAAAGAUGGAGGAAACAAGAUAAGAGGACAGUCCCUUCUUCCCCAUCCUCCUCCAUAGCUCCUGAGUAGCAUCAUACAGUAGGCAGUAGGACGACAGAGGAGGAGGAUGGAGCACAAGAAAGGAGACGCGAGGAAAAAAUAUGGGACAUUGCUCUUUUCAGACGGGGGAGGGAGAGGGGCACAAAGGAGGACCAGAGGCAAACGGAGGAGCGGCCAUGCAUGUGCAUGCACACCACCAACAAAAACCGACGGACACAUUUUCUCUCUGUGUUUAGUUUGUGAUCAACAACUGCUGGAGAAGGUUGAGCGGACAGAAAGACCUCAUGCACCUGAAGGCCUCUGGAUACGGCACGUAAAAGAGAUGGACGCGGUGAGAGAGAGAAUGAAGGAAGAGCGUAAAAGGAGAAGUGGGAAAUAUUGAGAUGAAGAAGGACGAUGGAAGAGAGAAACAGACGAGGGGACUCAGGGACGGACGGUUUUGGAUCGUGUGUGGGAUGUGGGAGAAAGCUGUAAAUAUGUGGUAUAGCAACAUGGCUUUUAGUAAUGUGAAGCACAAGAGGCAGAGCUGUAGGACAUGUAGAACGUCUGUCACACAAACUUUUCUUUCUUCUAUGGCUUCAGUGUGAUGUUUCCUCCUCUGGGCAAAGAACGCUUCUGGACUUUGUCAUUUGAACAGGUUUUUUUCUUUUCGUUGUGUUUCUACUUUUUUAAUUCUGGAUUCUGGUUGUAUAGUAUUUGAUGUACAUUGUACAUUUACCAAGAUGCAUUGUGUUCUGUACAUUGCACUAUUUUCUGUGUCAUGUCAGGCCUUUCGCCACCGGGUCAACCUCACUUCCCUCACCUACUACCCACACACAUACACCCAGUGCACUCGGACUGUCUGAACUCACAUCACAGCUACAGACUGAUGUCAACCCAUAAAACGCUGAAUAUGAGUUAGGCCAUGAAGCAUCAUUUCUGGUAGGUAGGUCCCAGUGCUCCUCUUACUGCCCUGCAGAUAGUUUUCACAGAGUAGAACAGCUGCCAAACACCUGAAGAGUAGCUCAAACUGUUUCCUCGACAAACUCAUGUUUUUAAGGCUGUCUUUGGGUUUUUUCCAACAUUAACGCCUCAAAUCCCCCAUUUUUUGUUCCCAUGAGCCGUUCCUUCGAGCAAACUCUGCUCCUCGUGUAUAUAACCGUGCCAAACAUGGGUUAUUCCCCCCUCAGCUAAGGGGGAGGAGGUAAUGGGUCGAGUUAAAAGGGUCCAAGUUCUGCUGAAGCUUUUAGCGGAACAUCCUCACGGUUCUAACAAUGCCAGUUUGUAAAUGCUUUGGUUUUUCUAAACUGUGUUUUACUGGGAUGAAAAUUGUCUCACCAAUGCACCAGGAACGGGGGGAAAAAUUCAAAUGAAAACUAAAAAACUAAAAAAACCGAAGGGAGAGAAAAAAAGAAAGAAGAUAACCAUAGAGGGACUGUGACCGGACGGAACCUCGCUUCCUCCAAAGUUGUACAAAUUAGUUGAUUUCUGUGUUGUAAAAUAAUCAAUGUUUGAAGUACAAAAAAAAACUUUUCUGAGAGAUGGGUGGCCAUUCUAACUUCAUGGUAGACAAAACUGUUAAUAGAGUCUGGAUAUAUAUUAUAUAAAUAUAAAUAUAUACUUUUUAUGUGCAGACGUGGAUGUCACUUAUAGCAGCAACAUUAUGGUAAAAUACUUGUAAGAAAAAAAAAAUUUACAGCAACAUGUAGGAAUUUCGUUCACAUUUUGUUUCCUGGUCAAAACACUAAAUUGUCGACUUUGUGUAGUAAUGUUGUUGCUAUGUGGAGUAGAGUAGACCAGGGCCCAGGGAUCCACGUUGUCACUGAAGCAGUCCAACAAGGUGCUAUGUCCGCCAGAAGUAUUUACAACAAGUAAAUACAUGUUGUCAAAUCCUAACUAUUGAGGUUCUUCUUUUUACACGUCACAGGUGACCGUUUGAAAUCACAUCACAGAAAACCUUCACGGUUGUUUCCUCUUGAAAGUGUGUUUCCCGUGCAUGAAACUCCCUAUUCUGAUCAAUUGGUAUCAUUAUGCUGAAGAGUGAAAAUCUGCAUCCAUGAACGCAUGAGUGUUUGUUGUCAGUAAAUCUGAAAGUUAAUGGUUUCUGUAUUUUUUUGUAAGUGAGAAAGGCUAAAUUGUAAAAAAGUGACAACAGACCCUGGUUUUCUUUACCCACUGCUGUUUAGAAGUCUUCUUCUGAUGCUUAAAAACCACUCAUGAUGCAACUGUCCCCACUGAAACACUGGAUGAAGAGCAGACGUGCUGUAUUUGUUAGUGAGCAUCUGGAAACUGACAACGUUGUGUAUGUCCUUGUGAUCCUUAGGCAGAAAAACCUGACUGUAAGACCUGUAUGAAGAUAUAACAUUGGUAAACUUUUUUUUGUUGCUAGACCAAACGUGUUUUAAAAAGAGAAUUGUGAACCUUUCUAUUGCCUCAAACAGAUUGCAACUGCUCCAAAAAAUAUAAACGGACCAUCGAAGAA